AUGGUCGAAAAGAAGAGGGCUUUACACCGUUUGGUUGUCGAGGAGGCGAUCAAUGAGGACAUCAGUGUGGUCAACCUGAACCCUCAGAGAAUGGAGGAACUGAAAAUAUUUCGAAAUGACGUUGUUAGCAUCAAGGGCAAGAAGCGCAAACAAACUGUUUGCAUAGCCAUCGGCCACCCGUCGGUUGACCCGGGAAAGAUUCUCAUGAACAAGGUUGCUCGCAAGAAUUUGAGAGUGAGGUUAGGUGAUGCUGUGACUGUGCAGGCUUGUGAGGAUGCUCCGUACGGCAAGAGAAUCCAUGUAUUGCCUAUUGACGACACUGUGGAGGGUGUGACUGGCAAUUUGUUUGAGACAUAUUUGAAGCCUCAUUUCCAAGAGAGUUACCGGCCUGUUUCAGAGGGUGACUUAUUUAUUGUGAGGAAAGGGUUCCGUCCUGUGGAGUUUAAAGUGGUUGGUGUAGACCCGUCUCCGUUUUGUUUAGUGGCUCCGGAUACAGUGAUCCAUUGUGAGGGUGAGCCGAUUAAACGUGAAGAUGAAGAGCGUUUGGAUGAUGUAGGUUAUGAUGACAUUGGUGGUUGCCGUAAGCAGAUGGGUCAGAUCCGUGAGAUGAUUGAGUUGCCUUUGCGUCAUCCAAGUUUGUUCAAGACGUUAGGUGUUAAACCGCCGCGUGGUGUACUGUUGUACGGGCCUCCGGGUUCCGGUAAGACUUUGAUCGCUCGAGCUGUGGCGAACGAGACUGGUGCAUUCUUCUUCCUAAUAAAUGGUCCGGAGGUGAUGAGUAAGAUGGCCGGCGAGGCUGAAAGUAACCUACGACGGGCAUUCGAGGAGGCUGAAAAGAACGCGCCGGCAAUAAUUUUUAUCGACGAGAUCGAUUCGAUUGCGCCGAAACGCGAGAAGACAAACGGUGAAGUCGAACGACGCGUGGUAUCUCAGCUACUAACCUUGAUGGACGGCCUCAAGGGACGCGGACAGGUGGUAGUUAUUGCGGCAACCAACCGACAAAAUUCCAUCGACCCUGCACUUCGUCGUUUUGGACGCUUCGAUCGAGAAAUCGAUAUCGGUGUACCAGACGAAGCCGGACGCAUCGAGAUUCUACGUAUACAUACACGCAACAUGAAGCUGGCACCGGACGUGCGGCUGGAAGAACUGGCGGCCCAGACACACGGGUUCGUCGGAGCGGAUUUGGCCCAGUUGUGCACGGAAGCCGCACUCUCUUGUAUCCGCGAAAAAAUGGACGUAAUUGACUUCGAGGAUGAGACGAUUGACGCUGAAGUGCUCGACUCAAUGUUCGUGACACAGGACCACUUCACACAGGCCCUGGGCACCUGCAACCCGAGCAGUUUGCGUGAGACGGUGGUGGAGGUACCGAACAUCAAAUGGGAUGACAUCGGCGGCCUUGAGGAUGUGAAACGCAACUUGCAGGAGAUGAUUCUAUAUCCGAUCGACCAUCCCGAGAAAUAUGAGAAGUUUGGGAUGUCGCCAUCGCGGGGUGUUCUCUUUUAUGGUCCGCCCGGUUGCGGUAAGACGUUGUUGGCGAAAGCCGUGGCUUCUGAAUGUUCAGCCAACUUUAUUUCGAUCAAGGGCCCGGAGCUGUUGACAAUGUGGUUCGGAGAGUCGGAGGCCAACGUGCGCGAAGUGUUCGACAAGGCCCGCACGGCUGCGCCGUGCGUACUCUUCUUCGACGAGCUGGAUAGCAUUGGCACUCAGCGUGGCUCCAGUGUGGGCGAGUCGGGCACAGGUGACCGUGUAAUGAACCAGCUAUUGACUGAAAUUGACGGCGUUGGUGUGAAAAAAAACAUCUUCUUCAUUGGCGCCACCAACCGGCCAGAACUUCUGGAUGAGGCGCUGUUGCGUCCUGGACGACUUGACCAACUCAUCUACAUCCCACUACCCGACUUCCCGGCCCGGCUAUCCAUCCUACAGGCUUUAACACGCAAGACCCCUGUCGCUCCCGAUGUCAGUCUCCACUUUGUUGCUCAGAAGACUGAAGGUUUCUCCGGUGCUGAUUUAGCCGAACUCAUCCAGAACGCGGCUAAAGGCGCGGUCCGGGACGCGAUUAAUGCUGAAGAAAUUCGCCAGGCUGUUGCGCCGGGUGGUGAUAGCAGUAUGAAGGAAGAAGAUGAAAUACAGUAUGUGACCCGCGCACACUUCGAAGCCGCCUUCGCCAACGCUCGCCGCUCCGUAUCUAUCACAGACUUGUCUAAGUACGAUCAAUUCCGCAUGAAGUUCGACCCGGUCUACAUGAGCUCUGCCAACGGCCAAGCCAGCACCAUCAAUUUCGAGUGGCCCGACGCUCAACAGGGCUUCACUACCGGCGCCUCGGGUACCCACGCAGCUCUCGACGACGAUGACGAGGACCUCUACAGCUGA